AUGUCCACAAAAUAUUCAAAUUUCAAUUUACUAAAAGUGGAAGAUAUUGGUGAUUCUGAUUCAGAUGAUCAGGGUGAUCAGAACCCAGCUACUCCACCUAAGAAGAGUACCAAGGUGCACAAGCACAGUGAUAGACACUCCAACAGUCCUUCUAAACGUGCUUCUAAACAGCAGCCUCAGCAGCCUCAAUUGGAUUUUAAAGUUGAUCCUGUUUAUCAUAAAGCACAGCCAGGGGUUGAGCAGAAGCCACAGCCAGUACACAAGUCAACUCCAGUACAUAAGCAGAAGCCGGUGCUUGAGCAAAAGCCUGAACCAAUCCAACAGCCUGCGCAUAAGUCACAACAACCCCAGCAACCCCAGCAACCCUCACAAACCCAAUCCAUCCCCGCUAAACCUUCCAAAAAACAAGCCAUUGUUACUCGCACUAUUUGGACCUUCAUCAUGGUCUUCGGCUUCUUUGGUUGUCUAAUGGCUGGGCACGCUUGGCUCAUCAUGCUCGUCAUGCUCUGUCAAUCUCUCUCGUACCGCGAAGUCACCGCUCUCUUUGGGUUUAAGACGGAGUACGGCGUUAGAGCUAAGAAUAGCGAGAAAGACAGAUGGUCAACUAUUCUUAACUGGUACUUCUUUGUCGUCACAAACUACUUCUUAUACGGCGAAUCCAUCAUUUACUACCUCAAACAUAUCAUCUUCGCAGACGUCUACUUCAUCCAACUAGCCAAACAUCACCGCUUCAUCUCUUUCAUGCUCUACAUUAUCGGCUUCAUGGGCUUCGUCGCCAACCUCAAACGUUCCUUCCUCAAGCGCCAAUUCGUUCUCUUUUGUUGGGUACACAUGUCUCUCCUUCUCAUCGUACUCUCUUCCCACUUUAUCGUCAACAACAUCCUCGAAGGAAUCAUUUGGUUUUGGGUACCUGCUUCUCUCGUUAUUUGCAAUGAUAUCUUUGCGUACGUCUUUGGUAUGCUAUUCGGCAAAACUCCUCUUAUUGCACUCUCACCAAAGAAGACUGUCGAAGGUUUCAUUGGUGGAGGUAUCGCAACCGUUUUGUUUGCAUGGGGAUGGGGUACUAUCUUCCAGCAAUGGAAGUACAUGAUAUGUCCUGUCCACGACCUUGGCACUUCAAUCUUUUCUCAAGUGGAGUGUGUACCUAACCCGGUCUUUAUUUGGCGUGAGUUUGAGAUUCCAAGUAUGAUUUCAGCUCUGCUGAGUACCAUGACACAACGCGACAUUACUAUUAUUCCAUACACUCCAUUCCAAAUUCACUGCCUCUUCAUGGCAACUUUCGCUUCAGUUGUUGCUCCAUUUGGUGGAUUCUUCGCAUCCGGUUUUAAGAGAGCAUUCGAUAUCAAAGACUUUGGCGACUCAAUACCAGGACACGGUGGUUUGACUGAUAGAAUGGAUUGCCAAUUCCUUAUGGGAUUGUUUGCUUACGUGUAUUACAGCUCACUCAUCCGCGAAGCUCACGUGUCGGCUGGACAAGUUCUCCAAACGAUUGUGUCCUCGUUACGAGCAGAUGAACAACUUGAGUUAUUUAGCGACUUUAAAAAGUAUUUAGAAUCACAAAAUUAUCUGUCUUAA